AUGGACAUUGUAAACCAGUUAGUUGCUAAUGGACAAUUCAGGGUGCUGAAAGUGCCUCUGGGCUUCAUCAAAGUCCUGGAAUGGGUGUUUGCUAUCUUCGCAUUUUCCACCUGUGGGACUUACUCAGGCUCCUUUUGCAUGCGUGUGGAGUGCAAAAACAGAUCAGAGAGCAACCCAAGGAUAAAUGUAGAGUUUGAAUACCCAUUCAGGCUCCAUCAAGUCUAUUUUGAUGCACCAUCCUGCAAGGGAAGUGGAACUGAUAAUUUAGUCCUCGUGGGUGACUACUCAUCCUCUGCCGAGUUCUUUGUCACCAUCGGUGUUUUUGCCUUCCUGUACUCCAUGGCAGCUCUUAGCGUCUAUGUCUUUGCCUUUGAGAAAUAUCGUGAAAACAACAAGGGGCCAAUGAUUGAUUUCGGUGUGACGUGUGUAUUCACCUUCAUGUGGCUUGUGAGCUCGGCAGCAUGGGCGAAGGGUUUAUCGGACGUGAAGACGGCCACAGACCCAGAAAAGGUUGUUAAACUCAUCCCGGCCUGUGAGCAGGAAGGCAGCAGCUGUGGUGAGGUUCAUGACCCUGUAAUGUCUGGCCUCAACACCUCUGUGGUCUUUGGCUUCUUGAAUCUGAUCUUGUGGGCGGGCAACAUCUGGUUCGUGUUUAAAGAGACGGGUAUUGUUGCUCCUUUCAUGCGCCAACCACCUGCCCAGGAGAAGCAGCCAGCUCCUGACUCUUAUGGUCAGCAGGGCUAUGGGCAACAGGACCCAUACUCGGGCUCCCAGGGAGGGUAUCAGCCUGAUUACAGCCAGCAGGGCUACAACCAGGGUGGAGAUUAUGGCCAAGGGGGCUACAACCAACAGGGGGCGCCCACCUCUUUCACCAAUCAGAUGUAA